CCCCCUCCUCCUGUAUACAGACACCAGGGGAGGGCUGCUCUCUCUAUUAUGCUGCUGCUGCUGCUGCUACGUGCAAAAAGAAAACACACACUGCUGCAAAUGGUCAUCAGUCUGUGGGGGCUGUCCUGGCAGGAAAGAUCGGGAGCCUGGUGCAUGUGUGCCCGCUGCUAACAGGGAUUUACUCUGCAGAAAUCGGGAUCAGUGUCUGGAGACGGCCCAUCCAUGAGCCCAGACUUCCAGCAUUACAGCUUCAGAAUGCCUAACAUUGGGUUCCAGAACCUUCCCCUCAACAUCUACAUCGUGGUGUUUGGCACGGCGAUAUUCGUGUUCAUCUUGAGCCUUCUCUUCUGCUGCUACCUGAUCCGGUUGAGGCAUCAGGCCAGAAAAGAGCUAUAUGCAUACAAACAGGUUAUAUUGAAGGAGAAAGUGAAAGAGCUGAAUCUCUAUGAGAUUUGCGCAGUCUGUCUAGAGGAAUUUAAGGCUAAGGACGAGCUUGGUAUCUGCCCGUGCAAGCAUGCCUUUCAUAGAAAGUGCCUCAUUAAGUGGCUGGAAGUGCGGAAGGUCUGCCCGCUUUGCAACAUGCCCGUCCUACAACUGGCGCAGCUUCACAGUAACCAGGAGCAUGGACCUCCGCAGGGGCCACUGCCUGGAGCAGAGAACAUUGUAUAGUCUACAGCCAGUGCAUCACGGGUCGCUCCUACAAGACGCCACAGACCUCGCGUCUCUGCCACGCUUCUUAUGGGCAGGAAACCUCCUCGGCGGGUUGGUGGACCCGCGCGACCAUCUUGGACAUGGACAAGUGGACUCUUAAUGCAACCAAAGCACUUUUGAUGCCUGCCUGUAACAGGAGGGACGUAAACCAAGGGAAUAUGAGGACGGUGGCGGCGUUUGGCCUCGGCCGAGCACUUUAGGAGAUUUCACUAAAAACUAUUGAAACUUUUUUUUUUUUCCUUUUACAUAAAUCUUUACUGGAAUUCUCACUGUGCCGGGGCGAGAAAUCGCGUGUCCCGGGCUUUAUAAAGGGAGAAGAUCGUAUGGAAACCAGUUUUGCCGCACUAUGCAAACUGCUUUGCGUAACAGCACACAUCUCUACAUAGAAGGGAAAACCUGUGCGCCCGUGUCUGUGAAUCCCCCGCCCCCUUACAUGCAACUGGAAGUAUUAAUGAACUACCAAGCUUGGCCAUGUUGGCUCUUUAAAAUGGCUGCCCGUAGCAACCAGUCAGGUGCAGGCUGUGGUAGAUAAGAGGGAUAAUCUGGUUGCUACGGGCAACAUCACAAUUAGUUGUCUAGAAGUUUCCACAAAUGUUCUGAAUGAAUUAUAUUGGGAAAAGAAGAAAAUGUACUUAAGGUUUUGUUUUAUACUGUAGAACCAUUACAGAGUUCUAUAGGUUACAUCCAUCCGGCGUUGGGGUGACAGCCGUAUAAAGGGGUUCCCUAUGUCCGAGAGAUUGCACCAUCAAAUUGUGUUACCGUGGUCAGACCGUAGUGUUACACUAAAUGUGGUUGUGCAAGUGUCAGCCGGCAUCUCCCCUCUAGUAUAAAAAAAAAAAUUAGAAAGCACUUAGAGGGUUAACCUAGGGCUUUCUGUUACCGUUGAACUACAAGUCCAAGCAUGCCCUUCCAGCAACUCUUGGGACUUCUUGAUCCACAGAAACGGGAAACCCUCAGGUUGGCUACGCCAGUCAUAGAGGUUUAUAUUUAUAUAAUUUUAGAAUGUAUCGGUUUUGCGGAAUGGGGCAAAUUUUUGUAUUUUUAUUUUUUAACUUUGAACAUAGAUGGUCCACAUUUUCUCCUGAAUACAGAUCGGUACUAAAGAGAGCCUGGUCAGAACUCCCCCCCGAAAUGACGUUUGGUUGUAUCUGGGCCCCUUAUAAUGACCCUGAACUGCAAACAGGGUUAACGCGGUUCUUGGGGUUCUGUCGCAGUUUCGCCAUUCAGCGCAUAACACGAGGGCACCAAUUUCCAGUUGUUUUUUUUUUUUUCAUUUGUGUUUUGAAGAAGCUUCUUUUAUUGUGUUUGUGCCUCUGUAUACGGGCUCCACCUACCUGAAGCGUGUGACACUUUCCUGUGACGGAAAUUCAGUGGCAGGAUGCAGGAAUUGGUUAUGUUUCAGCUUUUGGCAAUGGAAAGCUAGACCCAUAGCACCAGUCCUUGUAGAACAAGCCUAUUGUGACUUUAAGUCCGGAUACCACUGGGUUUUAUCUGACAAGUGCCGUGUUGCCAAACUCUUUUGUCUACUUGAUGCUCAGCUCCGUGUAAGAUACCAAUAUACAGGAGGUGGCAGUGUUAAAUGGCACAGAGUACCAGUAUUUAAGCACAAUUGUCUAGCUCAGGCUGGCAUUGAAUGCUGGGUAUUGUAGUUCAUCCCAGCAGGAAAAGAUGCCCUUUUUUCUUCUACAGAUCGCCAAAUACAAUUAGAAUCCCUUCAAGUUCCUCGUGAUGAUCUUUCCAUCAAGGAUAGAUUGUAGGUCAAGGCUCAGAGAUGUGUUGACGUUCUGGUCCCUUUAAGUGAUAACGGUUGAAUGUAUUCCGUAAGGAACGCGGAUGGAUCGUUUGUUAGAUGUAUUAUAUAUGAUGGUUUUUACAGUGAUCUAUUAUAACAUUUAUUUAAAGACAUGCUAUGCUUUUUUCUAAUCGUCCAUCCGCUCUCAAAAAUGUAUUUCUUUUUUUAAGGUCCGUCACUACUUUGUACUUGACUGUAUGUUUGUGGUGUUGGACAAGCCUAAAUCACAGUGAUUUACUACAUACUGUAGAGCUUAGUUCACUUAAGGUUAAACUAGAACUUAUUCGGAAGCUUCUAGAAAGUACAGUUAAUGAGUUUCCAUGCUUAGAUGUAGCCUGCAUUCUGUUAUUCCCAACUCCAUCAAUACAGACGUGUUAGGAGGUUGGUGCUUCUGUAGCUGCAAAACUCUAGAGCAGGCAUUCCCAACCACGGUCCUCAAGGCACACCAACAGUGCAGGUUUUAGUGAUAUCCAGGCUUCAGCACAGAUGGUUAAAUCAAAAUGACUGAGCUACUAAUUAAGUCACCUGUGCUGAAGCCUGGAUAUCACUAAAUCCUGCACUGUUAGUGUGCCUUGAGGACCGUGGUUGGGAAUGCCUGCUCUAGAGCAUGGCUGUAUUGAAGUUACAGGCUUGCGGUCUACUAGUUAACAUAUACUUUUAAAGGAGUCACGACCGGCGUACUCGGCCUGUGAUGUUUUAGCUUUUUGGGUAAGUGCAUUUUCUAAGUUUUUACAUUUUGGCGCCUAGUGGUGCUUUCAAGUGUUAAGUGUUGCCCUGUUUGUGGGUUUUAAGAUAAAUAGUUUUUAUUUUUUGAAGAUAAAAUCCUGAGGCAGUUUGUAGCACUUCUAAUAUGAUAUAUUAUAGAAUUAAAAUAUAGUCAUUUUGUGUCUGGUCAGAGUGUAGAUUGGACUGGCCUGUGCCAUUUCCCCCCGUUGUGUAUAAAUACGUUUUCUAUACGGUUUUCUUACAAAUCGAUUCUUUGGCCAUAUUAUAGUGUAUUGAAGUCGUUGCCGUUAAUUUAAUGACCCAUCUUCCAACUCUUGGAAACUUAAGAUGACAUUUGUAAUUAAAGAUUGAUAAAAUAUAUACUUUCAGUAACCUUCCAACGUCCAUUGCCUUUUAAUAUGUUGAUAUUAGUAUUACACGUCUUGUUGUUUGGCUACAGAUGGAUGUCUUGUCGGGCUGGUAAUAAGUUGUUUAGUAUACUGUACCCUUGUUCGUUGUGCACUUCCAUGAAAAAGGUACCAUGGUGGCAGCCAUUUUGUAGUGGUGACCUGUUGUAGUCCAACCUUGAUUUUUCACAAGGUAGCAGCAAACGAUUACCUAACCCAUUCGCAUGCGACAUGGAGUCUUUGUGAAGGAUUUCUGUGGUCUCACUAGUCCCUAGCCAGCGGCUUCUUUUAAAUAGUGUAUGAGCCCACAAAAUGGCAGCCCCCACAUGCAUUGUUAGCAACCUCCUAAAGCAGUCUCUUUCCCUGAAAUAAAUUGGCUGCUUUUUCAGUAUUUUCUUGUACAGCCUUUGUUGUUGGCCAGAUGUUUACAAUUUAGUCACAUAUGCCAAGAACGCUUGCUGAAAAAUGUGUAGAUUCACUACUGGAAUAUGAUUACUGUAUAUUAGGUAGGGACUGUUACAGUACCUGGGACUAGUCUGAGAACUCGCUGCAAGUCCUUUGCCAAGAAUAUUUGUUUUUCCGUACUGGGUGCAAAACUUUUAGCAGCUAUUUAUUUAUUUAUAUAUAUAUAUAUAUAUAUAUAUAUAAUGGGGCACUUAGGCGCUUUCCACCCCGCAUCUGGUUAAAAAUAAUUAUAACACUUUCCAGCUGAGUUGUUACAGUAUUUUUUUUUUUUUUUUAAUAUUAUAAAAAGUUUUUCAAAGACUCAAAACUACGCGCUGCGGCACAGGUCACAUCAUCCGCAAAGAGGCGAAUUGACAGAAAUAGCUACACGGAAUAUGAAAUAAUAGUGCAACGGUAACCAACAGUGGACGGAUGAUAUGUACAAGCGUUCCGUGUAUAUGGUGUGAAAAGGAGAAGGAAAAAAAGAAGACGACGAGAUACUUUGUGAUGUAACAAGAGUCAGGGAAGGUGAAAGAGUUUUACAGGAGUAUUUUUUUUUAUUUUUGAAUGUGCCAUUGGACAACAUGCAAAAAUGUUAAAUGUGGUUUUUCUUGCAGCCGAUAUCCUGUCCAGAAGCUCUUGGGGAGAUGUUGCGAAUCUUGGAGAGAGGCCAAGUACAAGCCAAUUGGCUUCUAACUGAUUAUACAGGCUAAGAAAAUGACAUAAUGGAUUAGUUGUUCUCUCUUCACUUCAACUCUCCAAGAUUUGAUACACCCCCCCCUCCCCCCUUAGUGUGCAUAUGGAAUCACAUGGUAUAUAGUGAACCGGCGACUACAGUCAUAAACUUCCCAACAGGAAGCUCUGAAAAUAGCACUUCCUUUUGUUUUUUUUUGUUUUUUUUUACACAUUUGUAUUUCUUCCUUCCCUGGGGAAUCUCUGGGAGCAAUAAUGUGCCUGUAUGUCUUAAGGUUGAAGCUUUUUCUUUUUGUAUUCUUACUAUUAUUAAAGUUUCCCAAUUAAUACACGUUUAAUCACCUAAUGAUUGCAUUCAUAUAAAUGCAAGUCCUUUAAGUAAGUGUACAAACCAGAAGACCAUUUUAAAGGUGAAUAAGUGAUAUUCCAGUGUGGGUUUUCCAAGUGAUAUAUUAACUCCUCUAAAUAAACUGGUAGAUGUUCCAAAAUGUCUAAAAGCAAAAGCUUGAGGUGUAGUCCGUGGAACCCAAUCGGAUUCCAGCUAUAAUUCCGUAGAUUGUACAAGAUGAAUGAUAGCUAAAAGCUGAUUGGGCAAUGACUCCAACUUUUUUGAAGUUUUAAUCCAUCUGCCCCAAAGUGUCUUUUUAGGUUUUGUCUUGUUUACGUCCCUUAGUCCAAUGUUCCAGUGUCCUGUGCUUUUAUUUCAAUGUAUCUUGGAUUGUUUGUGAGACCUCAGGUAUCCUGGUUUCAUAGACUCAUUUUGUACACUAAAAAUUAGAAGAAGAAAAAAUCUGCAGCAGAAUAUUUUUUAAACUUAAAAAUAAAAACUCACUGUUUUUUGUAAGCUAUAUUUUUGUAUAUUUAAUUGCUAUUAAAAACUCUGUUUUUGCUAACCACAACAUUGAUAUAAAACUGUUUUGCAUGUGACUUUGACUUGAACUGUAAAUAAAUUAUGACUUUUGAAAA